AUGGCGGCCCUGCGUCUGUCUCGACCGUCCCUCCUCCCCAUCUCUUCAUUCCUCUCCUCGACUCGUCUCAGCCACCGCGCAUUUCCAACCACCAACAACACCUGCUACUCACGAACAUUCAGCAUCACCGCAAAAAUGUCUUCCGGACGAACUGUCACCCUCAACACCGGCCACAAGAUCCCCCAGAUCGGCUACGGCACCUGGCAGGCCGGCCCUGGCGAGGUCGGCGCCGGCGUCUACGAGGCGCUCAAGAUUGGCUACCGCCACCUGGAUCUGGCCAAGGUCUACGCCAACCAGAAGGAGGUCGGCGAGGGCAUCAAGAAGGCUCUGGCUGAGGUGCCCGGCCUGAAGCGCGAGGACAUCUUCAUCACCUCCAAGCUGUGGAACAGCUCCCACGCCCCCGAGGACGUUGCGCCCGCUCUGGACGACACCCUCGAGGAGCUUGGCCUCGACUACCUCGACCUCUACCUCAUCCACUGGCCUGUUGCCUUUGCCCCUGGCAACGGUCUCUUCCCCAAGAACGCCGAGGGCACUGAGACCCUGCUCAACAAGAACGUGUCCAUCGUCCAGACCUGGAAGGCCGUGACCGAGCUGCCCAAGUCCAAGGCCCGCUCCGUCGGUGUCUCCAACUUCACCAUUGAGAACCUCGAGGCCAUCAUCGAGGCCACCGGCGUCGUCCCCGCCGCCAACCAGGUCGAGCGCCACCCCCGCCUGCCCGACUACCCCCUGAUCGAGUACUGCCAGAAGAAGGGCAUCGUCAUCACCGCCUACUCUGCCUUUGGCAACAACUCCAGCGGCAUCCCCCUGCUGGUCAACACCCCCGAGGUCCAGGCCGUCGCCGAGAGCCUCUCCAAGAAGCAGGGCAAGACCGUCACCCCCGCCCAGGUCAUCCUCGCCUGGUCCCAGAUUGGCGGCCACACCGUCAUCCCCAAGUCCGUCACCAAGGCUCGCAUUGCCGAGAACUUCCAGGAGGUCGACCUGGACGACGAGGCUGUCGCUGCUCUGGCCAAGCUGGGCGAGACUCCUAAGCGCUUCAACAUUCCCUUCAACUACAAGCCCAGAUGGAACAUCAACCUUUGGAACACCGAGGACGAGCAGCCCGCUGCCAACAAGGUCAUUGUCAAGCUGCCAUGGAGCCGGAUGGAUUGA